AAUCUCGAAGUUCUUAAGAGCUAGCUCAUUCAAAAUAAUUUACUUCUCCUCAAUGAAAUCAGGUUUACUCCUUCAAAACCUUAUCAGUGAACUUUAAAGCGAGCAAUAAAAUCAAAAAAUAUUCAAAUGAGUAAUCUGGGUCUCAAAACAAUGUCUCCUAUCAAAUCGAAAAAGUUAAAUGAAUAUGAUUUGCUUAAUCAAAAAAAAAAUAAAAGCGAAAUCUAAUAUUAAAAUACUCACAAAAUGGUCAUAAAAACUCUAGGAUAGACAAGAAAUCAAGUUGUACUUGACUCCUAGAUACGCGUCCAUUAUAAAUAUGACGAAAAAUCCAAAACAAGAAGCACGCGACGAAGCAUCUAUAAAUUUACUUUUUUCCAUGGGUCCACUUGGAAAUCUAUCUUUGUUAUUUUUUUUGUUCAACACGUCCAGAGAUAAGUCUGAAGAUAGGGACCGAUCGGAAAGGUAUAAAUACCUUGCAGAAACGGCACUGGCCAGCACAUUGUGAAAUGGGAAAACUAUUAGCUAUUCUUGCAGUCCUCUGCCUGAGCCAGGCGAUCGUUGCCGAGCGCAUCGUCAACUGCUACUGGGGCACCUGGGCCAACUACCGCAGCGGCAAUGGCAAGUUCGAUGCCUCCAACAUCGACGCUGGCUUGUGCACCCACUUGAGCUACUCCUUCUUCGGCAUCAACGACAGCGGUGAGAUCGUUUCACUAGACACCUGGCUGGACUACGACCUUGGAUUCAUCAGCAAGGCUGUUGGCCUGAAGAGCCAGAAUUCCGGCCUGAAGGUCCUGGCCGUCGUCGGUGGCUGGAACGAGGGCUCCACCAAGUACUCCUCCAUGGCUGGCGAUUGGUACAAGCGCCAGAACUUCAUCAACUCCGCUCUGAACCUGCUCCGCAAUAACGGAUUCGAUGGUCUGGACUUGGACUGGGAGUACCCCAACCAGCGUGGUGGCAACUGGGACGAUCGUGCCAACUUUGUGACCCUUCUUCGCGAACUGAAGGAAGCUUUCGCUCCCUACGGCUAUGAGUUGGGUAUUGCUGUUGGAGCUGGAGAGGGUAUCGCCAGUGCCUCCUACGAGAUUGCCAACAUUGCUCAGCACGUUAACUUCAUCAAUGUGAUGACCUACGACUUCGCCAUGGCCUCCGAUGGCAAGACCGGCUUCAACUCCCCCCAGUGGGCCGUCGAGGACUCCAUCAAUUUCUGGAUGAGCCAGGGUGCUCCCGCCAACAAGCUGGUCCUGGGUGUGGGCAUGUACGGACGCACCUUCCAGCUGUCAGAUGCUUCCCAGAACUGGCCCGGAGCUUCAUGCCGAGGCGGUGGCAACGCUGGAUCCUACACCGGCGAGAGCGGUUACUUGGGUUACAACGAAAUCUGUCUGAACAACUGGGAGACCGUCUUCGAUUACGGAAACGCCGCUCCCUACGCCUUCUCCGGCGACCAGUGGGUCAGCUUCGACAACGUUCUCAGUGUCCAGUACAAGAUGGACUUUGCCAUUUCCAAGGGCUUGGCUGGAGCCAUGAUCUGGUCUCUGGAGACGGACGACUACCGCGGCCAGUGCGGCGAGUCCUACCCCUUGCUGAAGACCAUCAACAGGAAGCUGCGUUGGUAAAGGGUUUCCCCAUAGCAUUGUUUCAAUAAAAUCUAUGAAAAUUGAAA